GGGCGACAUGCUUUGACGCACCAAUCAGAGCGUCGCGUUGAGCUGUUGCGCAGUCUGUCGCGUGCUGAGCGUUCAGAGGAUGCGCGCUUGUUUGGGAUGCUCGCAUAGUUCAGGACAGAAACAUACACACCACGAAAACUAAUGGCACGAGUCUCAUGAGAACUGGAGCAACAUCCUCUGCUGCCUCCCGGUCAUGUCUGUCCAUUCUGAGCUCUGCCAUAGAGAGUGGGAUAAUGAUGAAACUCUGCUGGUCCUGAGCUGAAGCUCUCCAGCUGCUCCUGAAGGCUUUGGCUCUUACACAGAGCUCUAUCAGAAUAUGGCCUCCUGAGGUCACCUGAGUCCACCAACCUCAAAAUACCACCCCAUGAGGCACUAAGGAGAGCCAUUCUUGUCACCAUAUCUGGUCAUGGCUCCUCCUCUACUCUUCCACCUUCUCCUCCUCCUCCUCCUCUCUCCACAGGUGUGUGCGGGUGGAAGUGCUCAUGGCAACAGCAACAGUAGCGCAGAUGGCCCCAAAAGAUCCUGUGCCGAGAAAGUCAAAUGUCAACCAGGGAUUUUACUUCCUUCGUGGCUGCCACAAGACCCCUCCCUGGCAAUGCAGUCAGUAAGAGCAGUGAUCUACUUUUCAUGUCUUCUCUACAUGUUCCUGGGUGUGUCCAUCAUUGCUGAUCGCUUCAUGGCUGCCAUCGAGGUCAUCACGUCACAGGAGAAAGAGGUGACUGUGACAGGUGCAAAUGGAGAAAAGACAGUAAUGACAGUUAGAAUCUGGAACGAAACUGUAUCCAAUCUCACUCUGAUGGCCCUGGGUUCAUCAGCCCCUGAGAUAUUACUGUCAGUAAUAGAGGUGUGUGGACAUGGUUUUGAGUCAGGAGAACUGGGUCCCGGCACCAUAGUCGGCAGUGCUGCAUUUAACAUGUUUGUGAUAAUCGGAGUGUGUGUGUGGGUGAUACCUGAUGGAGAGGUGAGGAAGAUUAAACACCUCAGAGUUUUCUUUGUAACCGCAUCCUGGAGCAUCUUUGCCUAUGUCUGGCUCUACCUCAUCCUGGCAGUCAUAAGCCCUGGCAUUGUACAGGUCUGGGAGGCUCUGGUCACUCUUUUCUUCUUCCCUGUGUGUGUCUUAAUGGCUUGGAUCGCUGACCGGCGCCUGCUCUUUUACAAGUACUUGCACAAGCGUUACCGUGCUGAUAAACGUCAUGGUAUCAUUGUGGAGAUGGAGGGUGAGCUAGCACCCAGAGGCAUUGAUGCCAUCAUGGGAGAAAAAUAUCAAAACAGCACCACAAGUGUCAAUAUGGAGAAAACCAAAGAAGCUGAACAGGACAGAGAGGAGGUGAUUCGCAUGCUUAAGGAACUGAGAGAGAAGUAUCCAGAUAAAGACCUGGACCAGCUAAUCGAGAUGGCAAACUACGCCACCAUGCAGAAACAGCAUAAGAGCCGGGCCUUUUACAGGGUGCAGGCAACACGCAUGAUGAUCGGUGCAGGGAACAUACUGAAGAAACAUGCAGCAGCUGAACAGGCAAAACGUGCAGCUGGAGAUUCAGCAGAGAAUGACCUGGCCACCUGUUCUCACAUUGCUUUUGAGCAGACACAGUACCAGUGCACUGAGAACUGUGGGAGUGUUAGUGUGUGGGUCUGCUUACAGGGGGGAACCGGCACCAGAACCUUCCAUGUCGAUUACAGGACAGAGAAUGGGUCAGCCAGUUCUGGGGCAGAUUAUGAGUAUUGUGAGGGAACAAUCAUAUUUCAGCCUGGAGAGACACGCAAAGAAAUAAAGGUGGGAAUUAUCGAUGAUGAUGUGUUUGAGGAAGAUGAACACUUCUUUGUGCGACUCUCAAACCUGCGAGAGGGUGAGGGCGGGACCAACACUGAUGGUGCUCAACUGGUUGAACCUUUCGUAACCACUGUAACUAUUUUGGACGAUGACCAUGCGGGAGUCUUCGCGUUUAGUCAGCAGGAGCUCUGCGUGGGUGAAUGUUCAGGUGUGGUGGAGGUGCCGGUGAACCGGACAUCAGGUGUGCGUGGGACUGUAAUGAUUCCAUAUCACACAGAGGAUGGUUCUGCGCGACAGGGCGUUGACUAUGAGCACACACAAGGAGAGCUAGAGUUUACCAAUGAGCAGACUAGUAAGACACUACAGGUGCGCAUCAUUAACAUGCAGGAAUAUGAGAAGCGAGAAAAUUUCUACAUUGUCCUUGAAGAACCCAAAUGGCUCAAGAGAGGGAUCUCAGAUCUGCUGUUGAAUCAGGCCACCCCUGGUCCAAAAUUGGAGGACGCCAGACGUAUAGCAGAGAAGGGAAAGCCCGUUCUGGGAGAACACCGCAAGUUAGAGGUUAUUAUAGAGGAAAGCAUUGUUUUUAAGGUCCGACAGGGAAUGGCCCCUAAUGGAGUCUUAGAUGCGGUAGUAGACCACUUGCCUCAGUGUGAAAAUACAGUAGACCGUCUACUGAAGGAUACUAAUCUUGCUGAAGUAAUUGGCACACACUCCUGGAGAGAACAGUUCAUCGAGGCGGUAACAGUCAGUGCAGGAGAAGGCGAUGAAGAAGGAGGGGAGCCUCAGCAACCGUCAUGCUGUGAUUAUUUUAUGCAUGCAGUUACGGUGUUCUGGAAGGUUCUGUUUGCUUUCGUUCCACCCACAGAAUACUGGAAUGGCUGGGCCUGCUUUAUUGUGUCAAUUCUGGUCAUUGGGCUGCUAACCGCCGUCAUUGGAGAUUUGGCAUCUCAUUUCGGGUGCACAGUGGGCCUCCGUGACACAGUCACUGCUGUAGUGUUUGUUGCCUUGGGAACCUCCAUACCAGAUACAUUUGCAAGUAAGGUCGCUGCUAAACAGGAUGAGUAUGCAGACGCUUCGGUUGGAAACGUAACCGGUAGCAAUGCGGUUAAUGUUUUCCUGGGGAUUGGAGUGGCCUGGUCCAUUUCAGCUGUUUACUGGGAGGUCAAAGGUCAGGUGUUUCACGUAGAGCCCGGCUCUCUUGCAUUCUCUGUCACACUCUUCACCAUCUUUGCCUUCAUUAACAUCGGUGUGCUGAUGCUACGGCGGCGGCCAUCGGUGGGCGGAGAACUGGGCGGACCCAAAAAGCUGAAGGUUCUGACUUCACUAUUGUUCCUCGGUUUGUGGCUUCUCUACAUCACAUUCUCCAGCCUAGAGGCCUACUGUCAUAUCACCGGUUUCUGAGGAGACAGAGAAAGAAAAAACAACCAGACUUAAACUAAUGACAUUCACAUGAAAUGAGUUAUGUGAGAACUGAGCUAUGAGAGAAAUGCAGUGUAUUGUAUAUUCUGUGCACAUAAAGUAGAUUGCAUUCUGUAUAAACAAAUGUACAUGAAAUAAAAGAAUGAGUGAGAUAGAGCAA